AAGAGAGUCCACAGGUCAGCUGUGAGAGGUCUGCAGCUGUGGGUGGAGUAAAGUUCUCACCUGUGCACAGUUGCAAACGUGUCCUUUUUUGUUUUCACCAAAGGGAUGAGCAGCUUUGCACAAACCAAGACCAUGAGAGGACUUUUGUCAUCUUUCACCUAACAAGAGUGUGUAAGAAACAGAGGAUGUGAAAGCAGGCAAGAUGGAGUGCUGGCACAGAUGAAGACUGUCCCUGGUCCCGUUUGACAGUCCACAUGAACGUCUCCAAACCCCCACCGCCCCCCUCUGCUUCCCACCUGGCCAUCCCCCCUUCCUCCACCUCCACCCCUUCCUCGUCCGCCUCUUCCCCGGCGGCAACACCCCACUCCACUGCGCUGCCCCCUCCCUCACCAGUCAAGAUCUCUAUGCAGGAGCACUUUGCCAUCAACGUGUGUCCAGGGCCCAUCCUCCCCAUCCCACAGAUCUCAGACUUCUUCCCACGUUUUCACGACUAUCCCUGCACGCCUCCGCCACCGAGGGAGAAGAAGAUCUUGAAAGAGGAGACCUUCAACGGGGAAACGGGUGGAGGAUACAAGGAUGGGGAGAGGAGGGAGAGCAACGACGGUGACAGGGAGGAGCCGCUCGACUCUGAUGAUGAUGACACCUACCUGGGAACGCUGGAGUUCAGCCUGCUCUUUGAUCAGGAGAACAACUGUCUUCAUUGUACUAUUCACAAGGCAAAGGGACUGAAAGCCAUGGAUUCCAAUGGGCUGGCUGAUCCAUACGUCAAGCUUCAUCUUCUCCCCGGGGCUAGCAAGGCAAACAAGCUACGGACCAAAACCCUGAAGAACACGCUGAACCCAGUGUGGAACGAGACGCUGGUGUAUCACGGCAUCACAGCAGCCGACAUGACCACCAAAACACUCAGGCUGUGCGUGUGUGACAUGGACAGACUCGGACGAAAUGAAUUCAUUGGAGAGGUGAGAGUGGCUCUGAAGAAACUGAAAGAGGGCGAGGGCAAACGCUACAAUAUGGGCUUGGAGAGAAUUGCACAGAAUAAAGAAACUAACAAUCAAACAGUGGAGCAGGGGGCGCUUGUGGCAGAGGAGGAGCGUGGCCGAAUCCUGGUGUCACUGUGCUAUAACACAGAGAAGGGCUGCCUGCUGGUUGGGAUCAUACGCUGUGCCCAUCUGGCUGCCAUGGACUCCAACGGCUACUCUGACCCCUUCGUCAAAAUCAUUUUGCAGCCAGAUAUGGGGAAAAAGUCCAAAUACAAGACUUCAGUGAAGAAAAAGACUCUCAACCCAGAGUUCAAUGAGGAGUUUUCAUAUGAAGUACCCCUGGACCAGCUGGCAAAGAAAACCCUGGAGAUCUCUGUGUGGGACUAUGACUUGGGAAUGAGCAAUGACUUCAUAGGAGGAGUGGAGCUGGGCAUCAAUGCAAGUGGACAAAGACUCAAACACUGGUUUGAGUGUCUCAAAAACAAAGGGAAGAAAGUGGAGUACUGGCAUACGCUCACACAGCAAGGAGCCCCGAGCAGUGACAAACCGGACUAGAUUACACAAGAUAUUCAUGCAUACCAACACACACAAGCACACAUGCACACUAACACACACACAUUUGAAAAAUGGUUGAUAACAGAGAUCAAGUAAAGCAGCAGCAAGAGCAAAGGACAAAACAUGCAAUAAUAAUAAAGUUGAAAAUUAAAUCUGUCAUAUAAUGCCAAUAAUUACAGCACCAAGUAUUAGUUAUGAUAAGAUAGUCAUACUAAUAUUAGUGAUGGUAAUAACAUGUAUCCUAAAACUUUUUUAAAAUGUAUUUUUUUCUAAAGGUGAACCAAAUUGUGACAAUGUCCUCAUUAAAGUGUUGACGUAACAAAACAAUA